AUGCAGAACGACCAACAGAGGUUUUCCCUGCAAAACAGGACGGCGCUGACGCAUCCAUACAAAAGGCUAGGAGGGGCCUUUACGGUGAAAUCACCGUCUGUUCCCAACUUUCAUGACAAAAUGCAUUCCGAUCAUAGUUCUAGCGACUCAGCUCUUGUACAUGGAAAUGUUAUGGUGAAUGACCAUCGUUCAGUUGAACCGAGUUGUUUGGGCCAAGUGUCUCCAUCCGAACAUGAUGGAAACCUAAGCGUUAUUGACUUAUAUGGAGAUGAAGUAGAGUCUCAACGUGCCGGCGUAGGAGAUGAUGACGACGAUGAUCUGGAGGAAGUACACAGCGAUGACCUUGAUUUGAUUCCUGAAGAAGGUAAUCAUCAAUGCGUGGAACUGGACGGUGUCGCUGCGGCCGCAAGUGGUAAUUCUAAUGAUAUCAAUAGUUCACGUUUUGAUCGAUACGGGUUUAAAAAACAGAAUAAUUACAUAUCUGAAUCAGAUUACGAUAGGUGGUGGGUGGAAUACUCGCAAUAUUGUGUUCGUCGUAAACACAAAUGGCAACUGCUGCUAGAGAAAAGUGGGUUACCUGUGACCGAUGACUCUCCCUCACGAUUUCCACCAAGGAGUGAACGGUUAAAAAGGUAUGUUAGAAAGGGUAUUCCGGCAGAAUGGAGAGGCAAUGCAUGGUGGCAUUUCGCUAGAGGGCAAGAGAAGUUAAACAAGAAUAGAGGCGUCUAUUCCCAACUUCUGCAGAAAAUGAAACAAAUUAAGAGACAAAAUCCUAAUGAGAAACAAGUGCAGGAUUUGGACAUAAUUGAACGUGAUUUGAAUAGAACUUUCCCAGACAAUAUACAUUUUCAAAGUGGCUCGCAAAACAAAGAGGGACCUCCGAUUAUAAAAUCUUUACGCCGAGUGCUUGUUGCUUUCUCCCUCUACAAUCCAAAGAUUGGUUAUUGUCAGUCUAUGAAUUUCCUCGCCGGCCUGUUGUUGUUAUUCUUAGACGAGGAAAGAGCCUUUUGGAUGCUAGUUAUUAUUACUUCAAGAUACUUACCGGGUGUUCAUAAUAUCAACCUGGAAGGCGUCAACAUUGAUCAAGGAGUACUGAUGUUAUGCGUUAAAGAAUAUAUCCCUGAAGUUUGGUCGUACAUUAAGCCUUCCAUUGACCAUCACCAGAAGAAUAACAAAACUUUUUCACCGUCUAAUAACAAAGUCCUUUUCAAUAUGCAAAAGAAUGAAUUCUUGUACAGGCUUCCGCCUAUCACUUUGUGUACGGCGAGCUGGUUUAUGAGUUGUUUUGUGGGGGUCGUGCCGAUAGAGACCACCCUUAGAAUAUGGGAUUGUUUAUUCUACGAAGAAUCGCAUUUUUUAUUCAAAGUUUCGUUGGCUGUCUUAAAACUGAGUGAGCAUGAACUUUCAAAGAUAAAACCCCAUAACAAUUCGUUGAACUAUUCUUGGGGCUCUAACUUAAACCAAAAAAACGGGUCAAUGGGUCAAGAAGAUAGCGAUAUGGAAAUUUUCCAGGUCAUACAGACUUUUCCAAAGACAUUGUUGAAUCCAAACGAAAUCUUUGAGAAAAUUAUUUUCAAAAGGAGAUUCAACUUGAAUAGGCUGGAUCAGGAUGAAAUAGACAGGUGUCGAAAAUUUGUUGCUGCACAGCGCCUUAAAUUCAAGACAUAUGGCGAACUUCUUGGAAACGCAGCAUCUGAGGCAGACUUGCCAGCUAAUAAUAGUAAUACAGAUAACCAAGGUGUUCACAUAACGAGUGAUGCAGUCAAUGAAGCAUUAUCUUCGGAAGUAUAUGGAUUCAAAAAGAGUCUAGCUGGAGUUCAUUGGAAUAAUAGCAUCAAGGAGAAAGUUAAACAGAUGAGAAAGAAAAAGGACAGGAGUGACUAG